AUGUUAACAUCCCAGGCCAUGUACUCGUUGCAACUCAUGCGGCAGAAUGAUGCUUAUCUGUACCUGGGCCAUGCUACAAGAACUGCUAUGGUCUUAGGUCUCCAUCGAUCCCAAGUGACUUGCGGUCGCGAACCACAUUUGCACCGGUUACGUCAUACCUUCUGGAUUAUGUAUGUUUUCGAGCGGUUAUCGUCCGUGUAUAUGGGCCGACCUUCCUCGUUGUCCGACAACCAGAUUGAUACCGCGUAUCCCGAAGAUAUCCCGUGUUACAAGGAUGAGCCUUUUCAUCCACCGGCAGUUGAAUGCACAUGGACAAGGGUUAUGGCCGACAUUGCCAAACUGGCCGACCACAUCUCCGUGGACGUUUACUCUCCUGCUAGCAUCAAAAGUCUUGCAGAUACGGCCAAGGUGGAACAGACUCUCCUUGAAUACGAUGCGGCCUUGCAAGCUACCACCCGGUGUUUGCCAGAAUACUUGCACUUCUUUGAUGAGUCCGUACCUGUUGGCGAAGACUGGCAAGAAAUUCAGCGCCUGAGUCUGGGAUUCGCCUACAAUGUCGUGCGGAUGCUUCUAUACCGACCGGCCCUGGUCCUAACGACCUUCUUCACAUCCACGAGCGAAGCGCAGCGGGUCGCUGCAGGUUGUAUUCGUUUGCAAGAAUGCAUCGACAACUCGACGGCGGCAGCACGCAAUUUGAUCAGUUUGGCCCACGACGUCUAUUUCCGGAGGUUUCCCGAUAUCCGAUAUGACGGAGCGCUAGCUUCGUACAUGGUCUCGGCUAUCAUGACAUUACUCUACGACGUGUUGAACUUGGGAACAGAACCGGACAAGGCCCAUGAAACAUUCGCCGUGGUGGAGCAGGGCAUUAGAUGCUUAGAUGAUAUUGAGCAUACAGGAUACACCGUUGGAAAAGUUCUAAGUAUGGAUUUAAUGAAGGUGGCUAAACAGGCAGUAUUGGCAGCGGAUCCAGUGGUAGACACGAAUCAAGUUUUAGUCGAUUCGUUCCCUUGGUUAGAAUACCAACCCUGUUCCGACGCCAUAUAUGUAUCCUCAAGACGGGUCUUUUCCUGUGCUAGGAACCCUGGCAUCGGAUGUUGCUAUGUUGUCGGGCUCUCAAGUUAA